AAAACCUCAAAAGGGGGACCGUUGUAAAGGCUGACUCCCAGACCAGGACCAACACCCGAACCCAAGAGAACCCAAGACCCAGACCGAGGCCACAAGGGAGAAGCAGCAGCAGGGGAAGGUCAUUUUUCGCUGGUCUCUCCGCGCCUGUCCUCCACUCCUCCCCCAUGGCGGCGCGGCACCUCGUCAGGCGGCGGCCCCGGAACCUCACCACCUACAGGUUCUACAAGGAGCUCACCGGCCACCAUUCUCACAUGAUGUUUAUGGUUCCAGAAAAAGGCCUGGACAAAAUGCCCAAUGGCAAAAUGCUGAGGGCGCUGAGAAUUCUGGAAGCAGCGCUGCAGCGGUUUGAGGUGCCUCGGGUCACCAUCAUGGAGCAACUCAAGGUGCUGUAUGACCACUUGCAUGCCGGGCAGGAGGACUCACUCGGGGACAACUCGGACUUGUCGGAAGUGGACACCAUCAUCCAGAAGCACAACGGUGUACAGACCUUGCUGUCCCUGCUGAUGAUGAAGGACCUGGGGAGUCGGUGUUGCUUCCAGGAGCCCUGCCCGCACAACCUCACUGUGGGCGACCUGCACGCUGUGACCCUCGACAUCCUCAGACAACUUACCAUUCUAUCUCUAAGAACUGGCUAUGAAUUGAGUGAGAGCGACGAGGUUCUGCAGAUCUUGUUCUCCUUAAUGCUUGUAGAAGAAACCUACACCAAGGCAAUCACCCUCAUGGAAAAUAUUCUCAUCUUCCGUAAAUCAACCCUACAGCUGAACACCAUCCCUGGUCUGGACCGUCUGAUUGGCAAGUUGGAUGGGGAGUAUCUCGCCAACUUCUGCAGUAUACUAGCAAUCACCAUCUCUGACCUGGACGUGUAUGAAAAUAAGACGUUAUUAUACGAGCAGAGCAAGCUUCGCAGCAACAUCAAGUCCCUCUCCCCCCUGCGUGACAUCAACCAAGAAUUUAUCCUCAGAAUCCCUCACUUCUUGUCUCGUCUGGUCAACUUUGCCACAAAACUUCCAUAUGAGCCGCGGUACUCAGGCCUCACGAUGGAGGUGGACCACUGGAUGAGGCUGAUUGAAGACUCCAUGAGUGAGGUGUUGAGGGCCCAGCAAAGCCAACCAACCACCUCCUCCGCUGCCUCAUCCAGCUCCUCCGCCUCACCCAGCUCCUCCACCUCAUACACCAACCUCCGGCCUUUUGGGGAUAUCAUGUAUCGAAUACAACCUCAGACCAUCUCCAGUUCCAGUCAGAUUGAGUCUCUCACGAGUCCCAUGCUUCAGCGUGUGGAGAGUGUCUAUGUUUUAGGCCUGUUGCUGCUUGGCAAGCAGCGCAAGGAGGUGCAAGUACAGCUAGCGAAACUCAGGCUCAUCCCUCGUCUGUCCAGUCUCUUUGACCUCUUCAUCUGGAAGUGUGAAGCUUACCAGGAAAGGAUAAGAGUUCCUGGUCACCUUAGCUCCUGUGAAUGCAGUCCUGAAGUGGCCCUCAAGAUACAGUUUCUUAGGCUAGUGCACAGCUUCUGUGACCAGUCAGACUACAGAUACCUGAUGCUCACCCCCAAGGAGUAUGGUGAGGUGCGCAGGAUCCACACGCAGUAUGGCCGAGAAGACAACUUCUCCCUACACCCUGGGCCCACCUCAUCCUCGCCUCCCACCACAGCCUCCCCUCAGAGCCCUAAUGGCAAUAACCCAGCCAACCUCUGUAAAGACAACAGCCGGCCUGAUGGAGCAGAGGAGUGGGCGGCAGCCACAAGGACCAGCCAGUGUUGCUCCCUAGUGGAGUACCCUCCGGAGCAAAUGUGUGGUGGUUCUAAGGGACUUCUGCUCAAGAUUGUUGAGGCUCUGAAGAAGGAGACCACAGGAUCCACAUUCAGAUUUUGGUUUUCAAGAGCUAUAGAGAGUUACCUACGCAGCCCCAACCCGUACGCUGACCAAGUGUUUUUGCUGAAACGUGGCUUGCUGAAGCACUUAGCUGGUUCACUGCUGCAGUGUGACCCAGGUCCAAACCAAAAGGAAGUGCUUCAGUCCACCUUUGAUCUCCUUGGGGAGCUCCUCAAGUUCAAUGACAAGGCCUACAGGAAGCUGGACGAUCUCAUUGCUACAGAAUUUGAGGAGAAGCAACUGUUCUCCCUGGUGACCAAGAACCUGGUGGACUCCAACAUGUUGGUGCGGUCACUGGUUCUCUCCCAUGACUUCUUCGUAAGAGUUCAAGGCGCAGAGGAUUUUGUGGCAAAGUCCCGCACUCUUCACCAUGUUGCCACCUUCAGGCAGCGGCUCAACUUCUUGGUGCAGCUCAUCAAAACAAUCAGUGUGGACACAUUGACACAGGAGAAUGUGAGUUGUUUGAACACCUCCUUGGUGAUUCUGAUGUUGGCCCACAAGAACUCAGAACUGCCACUGUACCUGGAGGCCUUGCGUACUCACGUGGAGCCACACCUCCUCACCAACCUUCGCUCCCUGCUUCGAUUCUGGCAGACACACUACCUCCACAAUAAGGACAAGGACUGCAACACCCUUCAACGAAGUUCUGGUAUUUCAUUUGACUUCUGGCGUGAAACUGUAGCAACCUUGGUGGCAGAAAAGAAGCUGUCUCCUGACUGCAUCUACCACUACCUCUCCCCCGAAGACCUCACACUGGCCCGCACCAGCUAGUGUGUGGCCCCACCUGAUCCUCAUCCCCACCACAGUCCUCACAAUCUGUUUCUGAUGGUGACAGGUGAGGAGGGUGACAGUGAUGCUGAUGAAUGAGUCUUAGGUUAGGUGAAAGGGGUACUUUACUGGUGGUUCUGCAAAAUGAAUUAUUGGUUAAGGUGGUUUUGACAGCACCCUGCAGAUGGCCUUGUGGUGUAUGGAUGAUGGGCAGUUCCAGAUGAGUUGCAGUACAAACAGGCUCUGGGACAACUGUUUUUAGAGGGUGUGGUGCACCAACACUAACUACUGCACACACCUUAAGUCAAGGGAGAGGUUUACAGACAGGGAGUUGAGUGUCUAGCCAAAUGUGAGUGUGUUUGGCUGUUCAGCACAUAAUGAUUACAUUUUUCUUUAUUAUCUUCAUGGUAUUCACAAACUAUUUUCCGCUGAAAAAAAAAUUACCACUCAUAAUGAUUCAGUGAGUAUAUAGUUUUAUAUAUUUUUUUUUUAUAAAAUCCUGAAAGUCUAAACUUUAAUAUAUAUUAUUUUGGAGUGUUUUGGCGUAUGAGCCCACAUAUUUAGGUUUAAGGUUUUAUAUUUAUCUUUUUCCUGUGAAUAAAAGAUUCUACUAACAUAUUUACUUUACUGUUUAUAAUGAAUUGUGACAACCACUUUAAAGGAAUACAGUUUUAUGUUUGUGCGUGAGUCAAUUUGACCGUGAGCUUAAUCUGCAAUACAAUAAAGCUGCGAGGCGGCUCUGCUAUGAGCCGUUCCUCUUUUAAAGUCUGUUGAAGUAUAUGUAAAUGCAUAUUAAUAUUUGUGGGAUCUGCAGGCAGAACAGCAGGAAGGGGUGAUCAAUUUUAAUUUGUAUUCAGGUUUAUUUGCUCCAAUUUUAUGCAUAAUAGACAUUCUUUCAUGGCUUACCUAACUUGACCUGGGUCUUUUAAUGCAUUUGGAUGUUAAAUCAAAGGUUCCUAACCUUUUGAAAGCCACUGCACCUAAAUUCCACCUUAGAAACAUUGUUUUCCAUAUGUAACAUGUCAAACAAGUUUUCCAAAUUAACUAUUUUUCAUUUACUCAUAUUCAUUUGAAAAGUAGCUUACACAAGUUACAGAGCAUGAACACAACAACAAUAGUACUACAAUAAAAGUCCUUUAAUCUGAAUAGCAGCAGACCUGCACUUAUUUGGAUUAGUGAAUUUUUCAGAUGUCAAACAUCAUCCCAAAUCUCUAUAGUAGUUAGUGUGCAUAUGCACUGAGCAAUAUUAUUCAUUAGUAUCGGCAGUUGUUAAGUUUCUAAUAUGCAUGAAAUUGCUUCUUGAAAGUUAUAAUUACUGUGGUGAUCCUAUUAUGUUGUAAUCUAUAACAUUAAUCCCAGACUGGCAUCAGUUUGCCUUUCUUUCUUCCCAUAGUGGAGGUAGGCUCUCUUGAGGGGCUUGGGGGUUGGUCCUGCCCAGUAGUGGCAUAGACAAAUUUCAUUCUUUGUGGUUUCUGUGAUGUAUAACCCUUGCUUGGUCCAUGCUGCUCCCAGUGCUCCUCUUGAUCAGUCGCUUAAUUUAGUGAUACUUGAUCUAGACAGCAUGUGCUUAAUAUUCCAUUACUUGACAAUUGUUUAAAAUUGCCAUCAGCUUGCAGUUGGAUUUGAAUCUGGGUCUUCAGGCAGAUUGCUCGCUGACAACUCUGUCAAAGCAGUUGUGUUGCUAAAGUUUAUUGCAUAAUGAUUGUUAUUGCUCCUUUUCUUUCCACCCUCUUCACUAAGUCCUGCAGGUAUUUUGGGUGGUAGAGGAAGUUUCAUAGGGUCACUGCACAAGGCAAAGUCCAUGUAAAAACAUAAUCUUGUAGCUCACAGUGAUGCCGUGACUAAAAUACAUAAAAUAAUCAGUCAAUUUGGACAUUUGAGGAAAAACAUUUUGUACUUUAAAUUUAUUUCCUGCCAUUCAAAUUUGAAACAGUUUUUUUUCACAAAUUGUAUGAGUAUGUUCUUUUUAUGGGUUUGGCAAGUCUUAAGCUCUAAAACAUCCUUUUGCUGUCUAAGGCUAAUAGUUAAGCAUAAACCUCACAAAAUGAGCCUCUUUCUAUUCAGGAACAAUCUUAAAUGAAUAUGAAAAGAUAUCAUCACUACAGUAGUUCCUUUUUCAUUGUUAGUAGAAUAUGGUUGACUUAGAGCAAAUCUGCCCAUCAGGGGUGCAGGCCAGUGACAAGAAUUCACUGUUGAACUUUUAUUAUAAUUUCCUCUCAUCUAAGUUAGACUAUUGGGAUCUUAGGAGCAGUGGAAUUCAGAUUAAUGGACUUUACUGUGUACAAAAAAAUCACAACCUUUAUGCUGAGCUAAGUUUUCCUUUGCCAUUUCAUGGUUUAAUAGCUUGGAAUACAUUAUGAAUACAAACAUGCUCAGUGCAAGGUUUGGAUUCACUUUGUCUGCCACGUGCAGAGCCACACAAAUGUGGAUAACUCGGCAUUGCAAGAAAACUAGAGGAAAGGCUGCUCAUUGAGGUAGCUAGAAAAGUAAACUAGGAUUCUUACUGCUCAAGAAUAUGGCGUCAAUAUGUCCUACAAAGAGAGAUCCGUUAAGAGUAUAAACUGAUCUUUUUUGGUUGGGCAGUGCCCGUUACCCCCCAAAUAAGGGCCCAUUACCCCACUGGGGCAGUUUAUCCCUGAGUUGUGUUCAAUGAAGUUGUGUUUAUUCUUGUUACUCAUAAUUUUUCAUGGGACGUAUUUUAAUAUUGAAUGCUUUCUGAAUCUAAACUGGUUGGUUUUGAGGCAUCAAGAUGGAAAGAAAUUUACUGACUUAUCACAAAGUGUGUCUGCUGAGUGACCGUGGCUUCUUGUUUGUACACGUCCACAAGUAUAGUCAAUAGAAAUUAACUUGUUUGAUUUAGUGUUAUAAAACAUAACAUAUAGAGACUUUGUUUAUUAGAUUACACAGGAUGAUGAGAAUUGUAAUGCUUUCAGUUUGUGCACCAGCUUUAGUAGUCCUUUUAUAGUGACAAAUAUUGACUGCAAUAUCCUUUAAAUAUACCCAGCUCUUGUUCAUGUGUGAAAGCCAAAAUUAGGGCCCAGCCACGUAAAUGAUAUAUUAGUUUGUCACUUUCAUUAUCAUACACUUUUAUUGAUUUUCAUAUGCAUAGGCAUUAACUGUCCUCCAGUUUGAUUCCCAGCAAAUUACUGGUUUCAGAGGAAAGGGGUUGUAAACUUGCAAAGCCCCAUUGAAUGAGCACAAACAUGAUAGAAUUUAAUGGGAGUUGUAAGUCAUACAGAGCCUGUGCUCAAACAGACUCCCCAAGGAUGUUAGUAAUUGACAAAUUACUGUUGUGACAGAGAAGGAAGAACUAGCAUUUAAUGUCGAUUCAGUGUCUUUCGUACAGCUGUGAUUGUGGACAUUGAGCAGUAUAGGACUGGUGGUUAAUGUGAUGUGAUUCUAAACACACACACACACACACACACACAUAUGCAUGUGUAUGAGCAGUAUAGGACUGGUGGUUAAUGUGAUGUGAUUUUAAACACACACACACACACAUAUGCAUGUGUAUGAGCAGUAUAGGACUGGUGGUUAAUGUGAUGUGAUUCUAAACACACACACACAUAUGCAUGCAUAUGAGCAGUAUAGGACUGGUGGUUAAUGUGAUGUGAUUCUAAACACACACACACACACACACACACACACACACACACACACACACACACACGCGAACGACGCUCUGGUAGCUCAAUGGUAAAACUCUGCACUGCCUGGCUUCAUGGUCUGGCAGGCGGAGGUUCAAGCUCCGCUCAAGCUAGGAUUUUUCUGCUGACAAGGAGUGACAACUGAUCCCCUUGAGCAAAGGGGAUGGAUGGGGGUGUGUAUAAAGAUCCCAGCAGUACACAGAGAUCAACUAAUGAGCCUUGCUCUAAUCGAAAGGGUACUUGUAGGUGACAAUGAGCCUAGCUCGUGAUCAGGCCUUGGUGAAUUAUACACGCAUGAAAACACACACAUGCAUGCAAGCGCACACACACUCAAGCGAAUACACAUGAACACACACAUGAAUGCACUUGAAUACACGCACAAGAAUAUACAUGUGAACACACACGGUGUGUUGUGUGUGAGUGGUCUCAGUCCUCCCCAAAGAUUGGUCACAGAGCUCUGAGCUCCUUCCGUAGGGGAAUGGCUGUCUGUCUCGAGAGAGACCCGCAGCAGACCAAGAGGUGCACACACACACACACCUUACAACCAGGAGGUCCUGGGGGGAUAGUCUUGCUGCGAGCGAUUAGCAAUGAAAGGGUUAAGGGAGGGUACUGACUGACAUGCACGAGUCUAUUGUGUGCAGGCUGAAUUGCACUGCCACACACACACAGGUGGCUCAGUGGACGAUGGCUCUGCCCUGUCAGAUUCCACCCUCACAGGCUGAGGUUCAAGCCUUUCUCUGACCGAAAGAUUUUUUCUGCUGACAAAGAGCAGUUACGGACCCCCUUAAGCAAGGGGGAUGGGGGAUGUGUGUGGGAAGAUCCUAGCAGUACCCAAACAUCAGUUAAGGAGUUUGCUCUCACCAGGAGGGUAUUUGCUAAGUCCGGGACUUAUACAGGCCAUGGUGAAUCACACACACAACACACACACACACACACACCAUGCUCUCCUUGUAUUUGCAGGCUGUAAAGAUAAGCUCUUCUUGAAACAACUCAUUUGUAGACAAAUGUUUUCUUGGCUUGUAUAAUCAAUUUGAAAUGUGUUGUUGGCAAGGCACAAGAAAGUGAACACUAACACAAGUUCUUCCAAACCCCUUCCUAACACACUGCACACAACACCUCCAUCAUUUGUGUUAUCCAGAUUAAUGAAUAUGACUCUCCUUUGCCCGUGUAUAUAAGGAACUGCCACCCUGUUUUAAGGGUGUUUCCUGCUGCUUUGUCCAACUUCCACUGCCUAUUUAGCGAGAGGUUCUGCAAGUUCUUUGUCUUAGCUGAAUAAUGUUAAGCCAACUGUUCCCCCUUCUCUGUACAAAGUAGCAAGGGGGAGCCUGAGGAUUAGCUUCAAUGUGAUAUAUAGUGUUGGUGUCUCUGAGGACUGACAGGUGUGUUUCUUUGUAGUGAUUCCAUUUAUGCUCAAUCAUACACUAGGAGUGAUUUUAUGUAGCUCAUUGAUGCUUCUGCCUCUGCUACCACUCGGUGCUCUCACUUUAGUUUUUUUGUGUGUGUGCGUGUGUGCGUGUCUGUGAUGCAUAUGUAUGUGUAUAUAUUUACACUUGACAAUGUUAGUGCUGAGGAUUAGUCUGUAACUGACUUCCAACUAUCUUAGGAGACCUUCAAGUAGACUGGGACUGAGAGAUGAUGUUAUUUGAUUGGCUUUGCGUUUUUAACACUAGCAUGAGGAAGGCAAAGGAGGCUGCUCUAAGGGAAAACAAAUAUAGAUGGAAAAUAUCUGCUCUACACAACUCCUGUAAAAUAAUGAUUGAAGAUUCCAGAAGGAUGAUUUUGUUGUAAGAGGCAUUGUGAUACUCCCCUCCUGAAACUGUUCAAGUCCAAGGCGGGAGCAAAUACAGAGGAAGGUUGUUUCAAAGUUUACCAGUGAAAGUGAUGCUGGUUAACUCUUCCAUAAGAGAUUUGGAUAGAAUAGGAAUGAGCUUGAGAAGAAAGCAAAGCUGUUAGAGUUACAAAGGCAUUCAAUUUGCAACUUCAGAAGAGCAGUUACCGUGAAAAUAUUGGUAGAAGAAAGAGAAGAAACACUGCAGCAGAAUUUCAGAAAGUUUGGAAAGUUUCGUUUAGUCGGCGCAACAUCUGUGGUCAUAUGCCGGAGAGAGACAGGAGGGGAAGGAAUUAUAGAAGGGAGCAGAUCCCAGGAGAUGGGACACAACCCCCGAUUAAUACCUGGUACCCAUUCACAUUCACCGCCCAAAUUUUUCCACUCCGCCCGGGAAUGGAACCCAGGCUCUCUUGGUUGUAAGCCGAUUGUGCUAACCACUGCACCACGAAGCCCCCCGCAGAAUUUUAGAGAUAGAGACAGUCAGUAAGAGAUGAAUAAAAGGGCUCCUGGAGAACACAGUCCAUACAGAACAUUUAACUUAGGAGGAAAUCUAUUCAGCGAGAAGCGAGAUAUGAAGGUGAAAUACGGUAAAACUUCCUAUUAGAUGAGAUUGGACUGGAAAAUGUUAGGGUGUGGUUAACAAAGGCUUUUGGUGCUUUGAGUGGGUGGUACAGCAACGUGAGUGGAUUGUGGAGCAUCUGAAUGGGUGAAGCGUGGUCCUGAGAUAGUUUGGAUACAUGAUAUUGAAUGAUGGGUUUAUAAAAGUUUGAGUGCAAAGGUGAGGGGCAUUGUAUUGGGGGACACCACCAGUAAAAUGGAUUAACAGAGUUGAUGAGUGUUAGAGAAAGGGAGAGUUAGUAGGCGAGGGAUUGAGUGUGUGGAGGUGGAGUGCCAGAACAGAAAAAUUGGCAACAGCUGCUGUGGCCGCCCCCUUGAGGGAAGCUGCUGUGAGGGGACGGGGCAGCAGAGUUAUAGAUAGACAGAGAAAAUGAAUGAUAAAAACAGGGAGCUGUCACCAGGGAUGGAGUGAAUACAAGAGUUGUGUAUUCAAAUACGAAUAAUUCAAAUUCCAAUGAAUAUAAAUUUGAAUACAAUGAAAUGGUUUUAAUUUGAAUACAAAUAUGAAUACUUCCUAAAAGUAUUCAUGAAUACAUUGGUGUAUACUUUUCACUGAAAAAUACCUCCCAUCAAGAACUGGGUAUAACAUGGCUCCAAAGUUAUGCAACAGUAAAAUGAGCUCAUGAACCUGUAUUAUACAUGAUGAUUCCACAUCCACUCAGAAGGCUAGAGUUGUAAGGAACAACGGCUGUUAUUUCUGAUCAUAGAUUUUGAAGUAUUUGUCAGAUUACUUUCAGAAUACGAACACUUUUCCCUUGUAUUUGAAUUCAAAUGAGAAUACUUUGCUUUCUAUCAAUAAUUAUUCGAAUACAGAUUUACCCAGAUAUGGUAUUCAAAUGUAUUUGAAUAUGAAUACCAAAUAUGAAUACUCCAUCCCUGGCAGUCACUAUUUUAGGUUAAUUUUGCACAUUUCACCACCACUAAUGAGAGAAAACUAGACAGAUUUCACAAAAUACAGCAUUAAUUUCCAAAGUGUGCCGCGUACUUGCCAACAUUUAAACAAAGUUUUCCAUCACCGCCAUUCCCAGUGAUUAAAGAUUCUGCAUAUUGAAAGUCUGGUGAAUGUGACAGAUUGAGUCAUGGUAAUAUUCAUCUCUUCAUUCAUUGUAAGAAAUCUUUGUCAGAAUCAGUUACUUGCUGGAUAAAGUUUUGUCAUUAGAAUUAUACACCCCUACAAAUAAUUUGACUGUCUUGAGAUACUCAGGUCAUUUGAAAAAUAUGUCUUACAUAUCAGAAACUGUAGCGACAGCAACAGGAAACUAGUGAGGGAAAACAAUACACUGUGGCUGUGAGUUGUAUGGCCAGUUGUUACAUCAGGGCCUUGAUUGAUGCAAUAUUUUGUAUGUAUGAGGGUUUUGCUCAUGCCUACUACAAGUUUCUAGGUGUACAUAAUUGUGCUUGAUUUAGUACACAUGUUACAUCUAAGUGCAUGUCUGGAUUUUAAUACUGAUCAGUGUAUGAGGUCUUGAAAUACUGGGGAGCUUAAUCCAAAUUUUUACUGCUGGUAAAGGUUAAAAUCCUCAUCUCACUUUUCAGGAGCAGCACCAGAGUCAUCAUCAUUGUCAUUACUUUUGACUAUCAUCAUUGUCAUGGUUGUUAUCAUCUUCAUUGCUACCACCACCACCACCACCACCACCACAGUUUACAUUGCAGAUGAUGACGACUUCAUUUUGGAGAAGUUGUCAUUCCAAUUCUUUUACAUGUGUGGCUUUAAUAAUAUUUUGUACCAUGCUCCCUUGUAUUUCAGACACUUUCAUACAUUAUUAACUGAGAAAAGAAUGUCCAUUACAAUCAGUCUCUAGACAGGGCCAAGCAAACUAGAGUUCUUCCUAACUCAGUGUUAUUCUUGGAAACACUGACACGUUUGCCUUCCUCAGCAUGUAACAAAGAUUCAUCUUUUCAUAUAUUUGUAUCCAGCACUGCACACAUUAAUCACACUAUUUUAUUGUAGAGUUAGGGGCACAAUCAGAUAUUACUGAUUAAAUUAGUUAAGACACUAAUUUAGCUUAAUGGAGGUCUCCCCAAUCAAAUUACUACAAUGAAGGAAUAUCAGGUAUGGGGGAAGGUGUGUGUGGUGUGUGAACCCCCUUAUACCCAUCGCCAGGUGCUAAGGACAAAUUGAUGUAGAACCUUGUGGGAAUGAUUUACUUUACUUGUCAUGACCAGUGAAUGCAAUGAAGUACUUUAUUUACUCCUACAAGAUAUGUGGGCAGUACCGUGGGGUUAAAGAGAUUAUUUCAGUGGUGCUGGACUUUUAAGUGUUUCAUAGUGUGAGACGUAAAAAGUUUAAAGAUGUUUUCAUACUGAGAGAUGUGAAAAGUACUGCUGGUGUGUUGAGGUAGAGAGGUACAGGAAGACUGCAUGAUGUGAGGAAUAAAGGAGAGUGAAUGUUCUUAUUUAAAUAUGCAUUUUGAACUACUUUGUAAAGGUAAAUGUGGAGUGAAAGGAAAGGAUGACAGUUCUCUAAUAUAGGAUGUGUAUAUAUAGUGGUAUGUGGAAUAUUUACUGGUCUGUGUUUCAUAAAUCCCAUGUAUAUAAUGUAAAUAUAUAAGAAUGUAUA